GGAAAAUAACAGAUAGAGUGAGAGUGAGUUUCUUAUCCGUUAUCCAUGAUUUUGGCAGUGUCGGCGUUGGGAAGAUGGAGUGUCAGCAAUAGCGAAAUGUUUAUGGUUGAGGGUGGUGCCUGUAAUUUCGGAAUCGGAAUGCGAAGUGCCAGAGUGAGGAGCGGCGCGAGCCGGAGUGAGGUUGCCGGAGUCGUCGGAGUGAGGUUUGAUGGACCGGUGCCCCUAAACGGCGACGUUCUGGAGAAGGAAGUGCUCUUCGAGCAGUGCGUGACGCGGACUCUAUCUCCGGCGUUGACAUUGGAGGAGGGGCUCGAGAAAUUGAAGGACGCUCUCCACACGUUGAAGUUGCAGAGGCCUCCUUCCUCUACUGGAUUCCUCCGAUUUCAGGUCGCAGUCCCUCCUGGUUCCAAGGCCUUAGCUCUCUUCUGCUCUCAACCCCUCUCCUCCUCCGUCUUCCCUCUUGCUUACCUUUCCAAGCACAAUGCCGAUCCUAAGUCGCUCUACGUCAAUGGAGCCCGCGGCGUUUGUGCCAUCGGUGCCGCUGUUUCCUUUCUCCCUCCAACCUCAAACCACCGCACUUUCGUCAAUAGAUAUGUGUCAUCUGAUUCCACCAAUGUAGUGGCCUAUGGUUUUAUGGAUGUUAAUUUGGAUGAUGGUAAUGUGAGUCACCAGGAAGGAUCUUUUUGGUUUUUCAUCCCUCAGAUUGAGUUGGAUGAGCUGGAAAGUGUUUCCGUUCUGACAAUGUCCCUUGCAUGGGAUGAAUUUUCCCAGUCCACUUUUCAAGAAGCCUAUUAUUUGCUUGAAGUUUCUCUAGACCAGGUUAUGUGUCAUGUUUGGUCCACUAUCGACAAAGGGAAAUCCAAAUGCACUAGAGGUGCUCUCAGAAAACUCAAUUUGGUUGAAGAUAGAUCCAUUCCAAGGGUCUACAUGAAUACUAUUGCACAGGGAGGAAGAGAAUGUUUAAGUGACAUCACGGAACUGAGAGAGUCUCCAUCUUGCAGUCAAUUUUGUUUAAGGCUAUCAGCAACCCUUGCUCUUUCAAACAAUAUGUUGGAUCAUGCCAAUGAAUCAUCGCACUCACUGAAAGAAAGUGCCAACAUUAAUGCUGUUUGGGCAUCACUUAUUGUUGAAGAGUGCACAAGACUUGGUUUGAUGUAUUUCUGUAUUGCUCCUGGAUCUAGAUCUUCCCCUCUUGCUGUUGCUGCUGCAAGUCACAAAUUAGUCACUUGUAUUUCAUGCUUCGAUGAGCGUUCACUUGCAUUUCAUGCUGUUGGAUAUGGAAGAGGAUCUCACAUUCCAGCAGUAGUCAUAACAUCAUCAGGCACAGCAGUUUCUAACCUUCUUCCAGCUGUUGUGGAGGCAAGUCAAGAUUUUGUGCCUCUUAUUUUACUUACUGCAGAUCGACCUCCAGAGCUUUUGGAUUGUGGGGCAAACCAAGCAAUUGAUCAGGUGAACCAUUUUGGUUCUUUUGUGAGAUUUUUCUUUAAUCUCCCGGCACCCACAGAUCAAAUUCCUGCAAAGAUGGUGCUCACAACUCUUGAUUCUGCUGUACAUAGGUCAACAUCUUCACCAUGUGGUCCAGUACAUAUCAACUGCCCUUUUAGAGAGCCUUUAGAAAGCAGUCCCUGUAAAUGGUUGUCUAGCUGUUUGACAGGGCUAGAUUUCUGGAUGAGUAAUGCUGAACCAUUUACCAAGUAUAUUCAUAUGCGAUUGUCUCAUACUAGUACAAAUGCACCUGGUGAAAUGUCUGAAGUCUUGGAUCUGAUUCAAAAAUCCAAGAAUAGUCUUCUACUAUUUGGUGCAAUCCACACAGAAGAUGAGAUGUGGGCUGCUCUGCUUUUGGCUAAACACCUUCACUGGCCUGUUGUAGCAGAUAUCUUGUCAGGGUUGCGGUUGAGAACUCUUUUAAGUUCUUUUCCUGAUAUUGAAAGAAAUUUUAUAUUUGUUGAUAAUCUUGAUCAAGCUCUUCUCUCAGAUACUGUCAAGGGCUGGUUAGACGUUGAUGUGGUUAUUCAGAUAGGAAGCAGGCUAACAAGCAAACGAGUCUGCCAAAUUCUUGAGGAUCGGGCUCCUUUUUCAUAUAUUAUGGUUGACAAACAUCCUCAACGGCAUGAUCCAUCACAUAUUAUAACUCAUCGUAUACAAACUUCAAUUUUUGAAUUUGUGGGCUGCUUACUUAAGGCUUCAGUUACAAAUACUAGGAGCAUGUGGGGCAUUUCCCUACAACUGUUGAGUAAAAUGGUUGAAUGGGAGAUAAAAUUUCAAAUUAAUGCAGAAUGCUCCCUUACUGAACCUUAUGUUGCACAUGUGAUGUCAGAUGCUCUUUCCUCCGAGUCUGCCCUAUUUCUUGGUAACAGUAUGCCUAUUCGGGAUGCAAAUUUAUAUGGACGCAGUUGGUCUAUAUGCAAUCAAAGUGUUUCAUCACUAAUGUUAAACUCAGACCUACCAAUUAACUUGAUGAGGGUGGCUGCUAACAGGGGUGCUAGUGGUAUCGAUGGGUUACUUAGCACAGCCAUUGGUUUUGCUGCAGGAUGCAACAAAAAGGUGUUGUGUGUAGUUGGAGAUAUUUCUUUAUUGCAUGAUACCAAUGGCUUGGCAAUUUUGAACCAGCGGAAACUGCGGAAACCGAUGACAAUUCUUGUGGUUAAUAAUCACGGAGGAGCAAUUUUCAGUAAUCUUCCUUUGGCAGAUAAAGUUGAAACAUCCAUAAUGCAUCAAUACUUCUAUACCUCUCACAACAUUUCAAUACGUGAACUAUGCAUGGCACAUGGCAUCAAACAUUUACAUGUGACAACAAAAGAAGAACUUAAGGAAGCUUUGUGUGUAGCUCAACAUGAACAAAUGGACUGUAUGAUUGAAAUUGAGAGUUCCAUUGACGCCAAUGCCAGUUUUCACAGCAUUUUGAAGAAAUUCGCACUCCAAACAGUUCAACGCACCAUCAAUUAUCUCUCAUGGGUUUUCAAUGAAGGCUCUAUACAUGAUGAGUUUUGUUUAUACAAAAUUCGUAAAAUACAAUGUUCUAAAUAUAGAAUUGCACUUAAAGCUCCACCAACAUCAGCAUUUGUGGUUGAUAGCUGUAAGGAAUUCUACAAAGAAGGAUUUAUUCUAUCCUUAGAGCUUGAAGAUGGAAGUGUUGGUUAUGGUGAGGUUGCACCUAUUGGCAUCCACAGGGAAAAUCUGGUAGAUGCUGAAUAUCAACUUAGGUUUCUUAUCCAUGUUAUGGAACAUGUUGAUGUUAGUUGCUUCCUCUCUCUCUUGAGGGGUUCAUUUUCACAUUGGAUAUGGCAUGAGUUGGGCAUCAUGCCAUCUUUUAUUUUUCCAAGUGUAAGAUGUGGUUUGGAAAUGGCUAUCCUCAAUGCCAUUGCUAAUGCAAAAGGCUCCAACAUGCUGAACAUACUCCAUCCCUCAAUAAAUGAGAACAACAAUUGUGAAACGUCGUUAAAUGUUCAGAUUUGUGCAUUAAUUGAUUCAAAUGGAUCUCCAACUGAAGUUGCUAAUGUUGCCGCCAAACUAAUUGAGGAAGGAUUUUCUGCAAUUAAGCUGAAGGUAGCGCGCAGGGGUGAUCCAAUGCUUGAUGCAGCAAUAAUACAAGAAGUGAGAAAGAAAGUUGGUCGCAAGAUUAUCAUCCGUGCAGAUGCUAAUCGAAGUUGGACUUAUGAAGAAGCUAUGAAAUUCAGCUCUUUGGUUAAGGAUUGUAACCUACAGUAUAUUGAGGAGCCUGUUCAGGAUGAAGAUAAUAUUCUCAAGUUUUGUGAAGAAAGUGGCUUAUCUAUUGCCCUAGAUGAAACCAUAGAUAACAUGCAAGAAAAUCCCAUGGAAAAGCUAGUGAAGUUUACUCAUCCAGCAAUAGCUGCUGUCGUUAUUAAACCAAGUGUUGUUGGUGGAUUUGAGAAUGCGGCAUUAAUUGCUCAAUGGGCCUACCAUAUGGGGAAGAUGGUCGUUGUAAGUGCUGCAUUUGAAAGCAGUCUUAGUCUUUCUGCAUAUACUCAGUUUUCUAGUUAUCUUGAAAUGCUGAGUUUAGGUACAUUCAAAGUGUUAGAUAAUGUGGCAGCACCUGCUAUAGCACAUGGUCUUGGAACCUACCGUUGGCUUAAGGAAGAUGUAACACCAAAUCCUCAUUUUAUUUGUCGUAAUCCAAAAAGUGGUUUUGUUGAAGCGUCUGUGGCAGAUGCCAGUCGAUUUGUCCGCGAUUUUCAAGUCAACAAAAAAGUUGUCUCAUAUGUUAUUGUUGAGGAGGAAGUUCGUCAGUACCAAUGUAGAAUAGAGCUUAACAAUGUAUCUUGUUCUUUUGAAGUUCGUGAGACUGGCCUUCAAACAAAUGAUAACGUGCUGGUAUUUCUUCAUGGAUUUCUUGGAACUGGUGAAGACUGGAUUAAUAUCAUGAAGACCUUUUCUGGAUCAGCAAAGUGCAUUUCUGUUGACCUUCCUGGUCAUGGAAAAUCAAUACUACAUGGCUUAGAGGGUGUUGGUGAUGAACCAUCGCUGUCAUUGGAGACAGUUGCUGAUAUAUUGCAUGAAUUAAUUCACCACAUAGCUCCAGGAAAGGUUACACUAGUCGGGUACUCAAUGGGCGCAAGGAUUGCAUUGUUUAUGGCUCUCAAAUUUGGCACCAAGAUAAAGGGUGCCAUAUUAAUAUCUGGAAGCCCUGGAUUAAAUGAUAAAUUAUCAAGAAAAAUUCGUGCGGCUAAAGAUGAUUCUAGAGCAUCCACAGUCAUUACACAUGGCUUACAACUUUUUGUCAGUUCCUGGUAUGCUGGAGAGUUGUGGAAAAGCUUACGAAGUCAUCCCCAUUCCAGUCGAAUUAUUGCUAGUCGCUUGCAGCAUGAUGACGUGCAGAGUCUUUCACAGGUGCUGUCUGGAUUAAGCAUAGGAAGGCAUCUGUCAAUGUGGGAAGAUUUGCCAAAUUGUAGAGUACCUCUUCUUAUCAUUCAUGGAGAAAAGGAUACAAAAUUUAGAAAUAUUGCUCAGAAAAUGAUGAAAAUGUUGUGCUCUGGCUUGGGGAGUAAGCAUGAAAAUGGGAAUGCUAUACAUGAGGUUGUUGAGAUUCCCAACUGUGGCCAUGCUGCUCAUUUGGAGAAUCCUCUUGCUAUCAUUGCUGCCAUAGCACGGUACCUGACUAGACUAUGAAAGCUGUGUUCUCCAAUUAGAGGAUCAAAGUGGUAGCGAAGGAUCAGGGAGAAUGAUGGAAGGGUUGGGAUAUUGUAUGUUUUUGCCAAAUAGAAUUUCCCUUGUUUCCUGUAUUUUCUUUUGAUUUCUCUAAUGACAAAGGGCAACCUCUCUUUCAAAGGAACUUUAUCUCCAUUGUUUCUUCUCUAAAACUCGACACCUUUAUUAUGGAUAUUGUUCAUUUGGCUUACAUGUGUUGGACUUGACUCUUCUGAAAUAAACAAAGUUAACUAACACAUUA